AGAGAUGGGCAGUAGAAAUUAUGCAAGGCCCUUUGUGUCGCCAAUAAUUCAUCUUGCUUUAACCUCUAUAUCUUCUUCCAUGCCUGUCUUUCUCAAAGAGCCAUUUCUUGCUUAUUCAAGGUGAAAUUAUUCUCUCUCUCUCUUACAAAAAUAUACAAACACAUGGGAUUGUGAAAGAAAAGAAAAGAAAAGAAAUAUCAAGAUUAGGUAAAUUAUCAGUCUCUCUCAAGCCCUAAUUAUUUGUUGCAGAGGGCCAAAAGGAUAAGCAUGUACGAAUAGUCUCUUGGUGCACCUGUCUUCCUCAAGCCCUAGUCAAUUUCUUUAGCAUAGCUCAGGACAAAGGCAUUUCUUUCAGAUGUAUCCCUCUAACAGCAAUAGCAAUUUCAACUCUAUAUCUUGCAUCGACCAUGUGAUUUCCCAACCUUAUUUUGUCGAUAAUGACGUAAACUCCAAUUCUAAAGACUACCAUUCAUUCUCUUCGUUUUUCGAUUUUCCUAAUUCUCCUUGUAUGCACUAUGAAUACGAAGCUGUUAGUCGCCAAUAUUAUGACCUUUUCCAUGAGCACAACUCAAUGACAACCGAUGAAAAUGCUCUUCCUGCCGAGAUUAAUGCAACUAACAUGGCUUUUUCAAGUACAACUGCUGCCACGGACGUACUGAAAGAAGACUGUAACAGUAAAAUUGAGCAGCAGAUCCCUAGAAAGAGAACUUCCAAGAGAGAUCGACACAGCAAAAUCAACACUGCUCAUGGCCCUAGAGACCGAAGAAUGAGACUGUCCCUUGAUGUCGCCCGAAAGUUUUUCGGCUUGCAAGACAUGUUAGGAUAUGACAAGGCCAGUAAAACCGUGGAUUGGCUUCUCAAAAACUCAAGGUCUGCCAUUAGAGAGCUGAUUCAAGGUCCUUGUGUAUAUAAACAAUCCUGCAGUGUAUCCUCUACCUCUGAAUGCGAAGUCAUGUCAGGAAUCAAUGAUCAGUCAGCUACUUAUGAAAACAAGUCCACAAUCAACCAAAAAAGUGAGCUAGACAAACCUUCUUGUGCAAAAGAGAAGAGGAAGAAGAGUAAAGUAGCGCGUAUGACUGUUGCAAAGGAAUCAAGAAGAAAGGCUAGAGAGAGGGCAAGAGCAAGGGCAACAGAAAAAAGAAGCCUUCGUGAAAGUGAACCAAAAACAGUGAAUAAUCGUAGUUCGAUCCUGUUAAAGACUUGUCCAUUUGAAACUGGUGAAGAACCAGGUACCAGAAGUUCAAACAUGAACCCUUCAUAUGAAAUGCUGGCUAAGGUUGAGUUGAGCUCUAAAGGAGCACAAAUCUUAGGGGCUAGAAACGAAGACAAUUGGAACACAUCUACAAUCUUCAAUUAUCAGCACGGUGCUGGCGCUGCAAAUCCCGGCCACCAACCUCCAUUCACAGACUUCCUGUUUUGUACCAAACCAUGGGACGCCUACAGCAGUUUUAAUCUGUCUGGAUAAGUCUUCUACAUUUUCCAUCAUUUGGUAACAUUAGAUGGAUGUCCUUUUCUUAUUCUUGUUCAUAAAUGUGAAUUGUGAAAUAAUUUUGGUUUUAUCUAGUGUGAAAAUUCCGCCGUGAAAUUACUACUUUUUGCUUCAUUUCUAAAAUAUGAUUGGUUAAGACUUGGAAUUGAAGGAUAGACCUUGGGAAACAAAAUUGGGUGUGCUAAGAUUCUAUUUUAAAAAGUCAAUCUUUUUAAGAAAAAUUGCUAAAUCCUUGUACUUAUUUCUUCUUUUUUCGAUGUGAAGUUCAAAUUAAUGCUAUUGCAAAAUGAUGACUCAUUUAAGAGCGUCGAUCUUGAAAUC